AUGGCGCCUUUGGGAGAUGCCGAUUAUUGUAGGGAUAAGGCCCGCCGGGACCUGCUGGCCCUGCUGGAAGGCGCUCGUGGGAAGAAGAACAUCGUCAUCAGCCAGGAACUGGCGGGUCCAGUGGGCUUGAUCGUCAAGUUUUCCGAACUCCAGCAGUAUGGCGUAGACCGUGUCUUUCUUCUGGAGAAUGCCAAUGUGGACUCAUCGCAGCGUAAUGUGGUGUUCGUAGUCCGCGGCGAGAAAGCGCAUCAUGUGCGGACGGUAGCAGAGCAAAUCAAGCGCCUUCAGAACAAUGGCAAUGUGGAACACGAAUUUUCCAUCUUCUUCUCCCCUCGGCGGACCUUGGUCGGCAAUGCUGUUCUGGAAGAGGCGGGUAUUAUUGGUGAUGUCAACAUUGCUGAGUUCCCGCUUGAGUUCUUGCCACUGGAACAAGACCUCUUAUCACUGGAGCUAGAUGAUACAUUUGCAGACCUCUACCUGCACAAGGACCCCGGAUGUAUCUUCCAUGCCGCCAAGGCUCUCAUGGGCAUUCAACAGAGGCAUGGAUAUUUCCCUCGCAUCGUGGGCAAGGGCGACAAUGCUCGCCGACUAGCUGAUCUACUGCUUCGGAUGCGUAAAGAAUUGGAUGCCGAAGAAAGCUCUGGACUGACUGAUUCCUACGCACGAAGUCUUUUGCCCAGUGCCGACACCGAGAGCUUGAUUAUCAUUGACAGAGACGUGGACUUUGGGACUCCGCUUCUCACGCAACUCACCUAUGAGGGACUCAUUGAUGAGUACGUUGGUAUCAGAAACAAUCAGGCGGAUGUAGAUACGAGCAUUGUCGGACAGGCGCCCGGCACCCAAUCCCAAGAAUCAUCAAGGACUUCACAGUCAGUCAAGCAAGGCCUGAAGCGCAAAAUUCAGCUCGAUUCGACAGAUCUGCUUUUCAGUCAGCUUCGUGAUGCAAAUUUCGCCAUUGUGGGCGAUCUUCUGAACAAGGUCGCUCGCCGACUUGAAAAUCAAUACGAAACUCGGCACACGGCCCAAACAACAAACGAGCUUCGUGAGUUUGUCAACAAACUACCGACUUAUCAACUAGAACACCAGUCUCUUCGCAUCCAUACCAAUCUUGCCGAGGAAAUCAUGCGAUUGACCAGAACAGAGACUUUCCGGAAAGUCCUCGAAGUUCAGCAGAACAAUGCAGCCGGAGCUGAUCCGACUUAUCAACAUGAGACUAUUGAGGAGUUGAUCUCUCGCGAUAUCCCAUUGAAGAGUGUGCUACGUCUGCUGUGUCUUGAAUCGUGCAUGUCUGGCGGACUACGUGCGCGGGAUCUGGAGAAUUUUAAACGUCAAGUGCUGCAAGCAUACGGCCAUCAGCACCUUCUGACUUUCUGGGCGCUCGAAAAAAUGGAACUGCUUCAACCCAGAUCUUCAGCAACAGCGAUGCUUAUCCCCACCUCCGGUGCUCAACCGGGCUCUAAAACAAACUACGGGUACCUGCGCAAGAACCUUAGACUUGUCAUCGAAGAGGUCAGCGAGAAGGAGCCCGACGACAUCUCCUACGUUUACAGUGGGUUUGCCCCGCUCAGCGUUCGCUUGGUGCAAUGUGUGCUUCAGAAGCAGUACGUGCUCGCACUAGCUAAAGGCGGGAAACCCGCGGCGUCGAUGAACACCACCAGUCCCGCAUCGCCUGGUUGGCUCGGCUUCGAAGAUGUAAUCAAGAGUGCCCGUGGCUCAACUUUCAACAUUGUGCAGAAGGGAGAUGACAAGGCCGUAAGAGCAAGACAGGUCCUCAGUGGCAACUCGGCCACAAAGACCGUUUAUGUCUUCUUCCUGGGUGGAAUCACAUUCACUGAAAUUGCUGCGCUGCGAUUCAUCGCUGCGCAGGAGGCGCCAAAGCGCAAGAUCGUGAUAUGUACUACCGGGAUCAUCAGCGGUGACCGCAUGAUGGAAGCAGCUAUUGAGAAAGGCAGUUUCGCAAAGACGACCGAGUAG